GCGUGUUACCAUCAUGCCCAAGGACAUCCAGUUAGCCCGCCGGAUCCGCGGGGAGCGGGCAUAAUUACAGCUUUUCUCUGAAAUUUCAACCAAAGGCUCUUUUCAGAGCCACCCACGUUUUCAAUUGCCGUUGGUUUGCUUCUCUCGAAACCAUGUCUGGACGCGGUAAAGGCGGCAAGGGUCUUGGUAAGGGAGGCGCUAAGCGCCACCGCAAGGUUCUGCGCGACAACAUCCAGGGCAUCACCAAACCCGCCAUCCGCCGUCUGGCCCGGCGUGGCGGUGUGAAGCGCAUCUCCGGCCUCAUCUACGAAGAGACCCGCGGGGUGCUGAAAGUGUUCCUGGAGAAUGUGAUCCGGGACGCCGUCACCUACACCGAGCACGCCAAGCGCAAGACUGUCACCGCCAUGGACGUGGUCUAUGCGCUUAAGCGCCAGGGACGUACUCUCUACGGCUUCGGCGGUUAAUUAAGCUUUCCGAUUUCGCCAUCAAGAGUUAGCAUUUCUCAACCAAAGGCCCUUUUCAGGGCCACCCAACUACUCAUAAAAGAAAGCUGUAACCAUUAGCCAAGGCACAGGAGCCUGCAGCUCAAUGGUGUGGUUAAAAUGAAAACUACUGAGUCAGAAAACAUUGCGGAGAUUAAUGUUUAUAUAUCCAUGUAACUCCCACUCGCGCCUCCAUUCACUGGACACAGGUAGGGGGGAAAGGUGAUACUCCAACUUACUAAAGAAAAGUGGAAAAGAACCAAGUAUGGCGAGAAACUUGAAUCGGUUUGCAGGAACAAAGAGAAGCACUGCCCAAUCAGCAAGCCCCAUUCAUGGAUUUCAACCAAUCAGAACUGGUGAUCUCAUGUGGUUCCCCGCGGCGACCCAAAUUUGGGGGAUGGGAAAUCGGGCGAGAAACGCCAAAGCCCUUGUUUAGAGAAUUUUUUUAAUUUGUGUUUUUACGGGUUAUGAAAUAGACUCCGACGAGACAGCUGAAUGGCUCUCAGUCAUGUCCUGAGAACAGUACUGAAAUUACCGCCUCUAAUAGGAUGAUUUGUCUCGAUUAAAAAAAUAAUCUCUAGGGCUUCCCUGGUGGCGCAGUGGUUGAGAGUCCGUCUGCCAAUGCAGGGGACACGGGUUCGUGCCCCGGUCCGAGAGGAUCCCACGUGCCGCGGAGCGGCUGGGCCCGUGAGCUAUGGCCGCUGGGCCUGCGCGUCCGGAGCCUGUGCUCCGCAACGGGAGGGGCCGCGGCAGUGAGAGGCCCGCGUACCGCAGGAAAAAAAAAAAAAAAUUCAGACUGCCAGCAAACCCAGGGCAUUGAAUUCAGGCGAAAUUAAAAUCUCAUUUACGAAGAAAA